GGGGCACGGACACCAGUUCCAAACACAAAGCCUUCCAGUUACAUCAGUUCACUAGUUCCAAGUGUUGCCAGUUUGUGAGUGAAUUGUCUCUGUUGUAAAGUUACCAACUUUUUGAAGGCAAGCAGCGGCGGUUGUUAUUACAAAAUGGGGUUGGAAAAACGGACUAUAAAGAUCAUUCUGAUUGUGACUGUAUCGGUUCUAGUGGUUGGAGGAAUCAUCGGCCUGAUACUUGGCCUGUUGCUGCCGUACCGUUAUGUGGAGCUGGAAGUAUGGCCGAGGGCGGACGUUUACAACUACGAGCAGCCGCUGAUCCAGUUCCGAGCAGCCGACCCUGGCAGCUGGCAGCCCUGGUUCGACAAGAUCAACAACUUCCUCCGAGCAUACGAGACCACAGUCCCAGAGGAUCCGCCGCGUGCGCCGUGCUCGACCCAGCGCCACGACCAGCGGCUAACCUCGCCCAACUGUGAGGGGUCUCUCAGGGCAUGGCACCCCUGCACCGCUGACAAGUUCUACGGGUACAACCUGGGCAAACCGUGCGUGUUCCUAAGGUUGAACCAUAUCCACUACUGGGUCCCUGAGCCGUACAACAUGAGCAUGCGCAUGUCUCUGCCGGACGACAUGCCUGACAACAUCAAGCGGGCGAUGCAAAUCCUGGCAAACGAACAAAGGAAUCAAAAUAUUAUGCGCCUCCCGAGUGCUCUCCACGGAGACUACGUGUGGGUGUCCUGCAAUGGCGAGUUCAGCUCCGACAUGGAGAACAUCGGGCCGAUCCAGUACAUCCCGGCGCACUCACCCCCUGGUUUCCCCAUCAAUCGUCUCCACACCGCGGACCGCAUCCCCCGCGCCGCGCGCGCCCUGCCCGACCAGAUCCCGGCGCCUCUUGUGGCUGUAUACUUUGAGAAUCCUCAUCGUGGUGUUGUGAUCAACGUGGAAUGUCGUAUCUGGACGCGGGACAUCGUGUACGACCGGUCUAGUCGAGUCGGCAGAGCCCGAUUUGAGAUUUUAGUCGAAUAAAUAAGACUAAAUAAGGGCCUACAGCGGGCAAAUAAUAAUUUUAGUACAGCCUGAUCAGAAACAUAAAGAACGUCGCGAUGUUGCGGAAAAUAAAGGAACUAUAGUCCGACCAAGAUAAAUUUGCGCGUAGCCUAAAUCGGAACUAAUAAGCUAAGGAACUAAUCAAAAGUACCGCCAUCUUGUCGUUUAUCUCUUGGCGGGUAAAAUGGGUAAAAUAGAUCACUAACGCUGGCAACAUAAUAGAGCCGCCUGUCGCGCGCAGAUUUAUUUGCGCGCACUCUAGGAACUUUUUUUAACUAGCAUUUAAUAAAGACCUUUUAUGGUCUUUGGCACUUAAUACUAAAAAGCGCUCGUGGCGCAACCAAUCAAGGUUAUUUAUAUUUUUGGUCAGGAUUUAAGUAUUUAUUUACUUUAGGUAAGUAUUUAUGAUUAUAAGCUAAGAAUAAUCUGUUAAUAAAGUAUAAAAUAUGCCAAAAAAGAAAUAUUCUAUGCGUUUUUUUAACAGAAGCCAUCUAUUUAUAAUUAAGUAAUAAUUAUACAUUUUGACAGAGCCAAUUAAAUUAUGAAUAUGCGUAUAUAAGAUGUUAGGGUAUAUAAGAUGAUAAGGUAAUAAUAAGCGUUGCUAAAGAAUGAUUGUAAUUUGUAAAUGAUGUUUAUAAAAAAGGCCUUCUAUUUCUACACAGCCUGCGGGCCUAAUUAUGUCUCUCAGUGCGGGUAGGGUUGCCAGGUCACUGAAAUUAAAGCCGGACAGUCCAGCCAAUUUAGCCUGAUAUUUGGGUAAAACGGCUGGAAAAGCCUUCAUUGUUGAGGAUUUGUGUACAGGAGUAUACUGUACGAAGAUAUUUUUAAUGUAAAAUCAAGCAUUCAUGAUUAAUAACGUAAAUUUUGUUCCCACACACACGUCGUUUGCUCGUUUGCUAAAUGUACCUAGAGCCUAACUAAAGCCGGACUAGCCGGGCACGGUUAAUUUCGACCGGACACAGAUUAGAAAGGCCUAACUAUGUCCAGCUUUAUCCGGACACCUGGCAACACUAAGUGUAGGUACGAUUCAAUUAUUGAGUCGCUACAUAGUUUUCAUCGUAUUGUCGUUUUACUAUCAUUUAACCUCAGAGUAAACGUAAAAAGUAAUAACACUAUGUUUCAACGAAUUAAUAUUAAUAUCAUAAUAAAAUUGUUCUGUUCGGCCUGCUGCCCUCGCUUGCGCACCUUUGACUUUAUGUAGGCGUAGGUACUGAGACGCACAUAGUGUAUGCUGCGGGGCAACAUACAUUAAGUACGUUUCAAUACUCACGUCUAUCUGAAAGAGUAAACUAAGUAAAAACUAUUCGUGCGUCAGAGCUGACACUUUAACGAUAACUUUUUAUUAACUUUUUUUAACGAUAACUGAAAGAAAAGUUAUUUCAUUGAAAUAAUCGUGUUAAAUGAUCGUAAAACCAAAAAAAAAUACUGCCACUGUGCUGCCCCUUGAUGUAAUAUAUCGUAGUCAAGCUUAUUUCGUAUUCUUUAAAAUAACUAUGAAUAAUAUAGUUAAGUAUAUGACCACAGAUUUAUUGGUAGUUAAAGCAUUGGUUGGUUUGUUUGGUUUAUUUAAAUCCUCUGACACAAAGUUAAAAAGGGUUGCCAGACUAAAUACAUAGUAAUAACAAUACAACAUCUAUUAGGCUCUGAAACUACUGAACCGAUUUGAAAACUUUCACCACUGGUAUGCAUCCUAUACCGGUAUUCGUGAUGUGUCUAUAAAAAUGUAUCCCCGUAACGGGAAUGGGAACUACGCUGGAAAAAGCGUAUGUCAUCUGCUAGUAACAAAUUAACAAAGAACGUUAUUUAUUAUCUAAUUAUAUAAGAUGUGUCAACCGUUUCGAGUCUGAAGUGAAGAAGGCUAUAAUUCUUCAUAAUUCAUAUAAUUUUUCAUAAUAAAACUUGCAUUUUUGAGAUUUCAAUAAAAAAGUAUU